CAUUCAUAUCACAAAUAUUAACAUUACAAAACAACCCAAAUUAUUAACAACAACAAACAACAUGCCAGGACAAAAUAACAAAGCGCCUGUAAUCGGUAUCGAUCUUGGUACCACAUACUCAUGUGUCGGUGUAUUUCAGCACGGAAAGGUAGAGAUCAUCUCCAACGACCAAGGUAACCGUACAACGCCCUCGUACGUUGCUUUCACGGACUCCGAGCGACUUUUGGGAGACGCCGCGAAGAACCAGGUAGCGCUUAACCCUAAUAACACGGUGUUCGAUGCCAAACGAUUAAUUGGCCGACAGUUCAAUGACAACGAAGUACAGGAAGAUCUAAAGCACUUCUCAUUCAAAGUUGUGGAGAAGAACAAGAAGCCAGCGAUCAAGGUAGAGUAUAUGGCUGAAGAGAAGACAUUUCUGCCUGAAGAGAUAUCCUCAAUGGUGCUGACAAAGAUGAAGGAAACGGCUGAGGCCUACUUGGGAACCAAAGUGACCGACGCCGUGAUCACUGUGCCUGCAUAUUUCAAUGAUUCUCAAAGGCAAAGUACAAAGGAUGCUGGGGCUAUCGCAGGUCUGAACGUGCUACGUAUCAUCAACGAGCCAACGGCUGCUGCGAUUGCCUACGGAUUGGACAAGAAGGCCGCCAAUGAGGGGGAGAAGAAAAUCCUAAUUUUCGACCUUGGAGGAGGUACCUUCGAUGUAAGUAUACUCACCAUAGAUGACGGUGUGUUCGAAGUCAAAUCUACUGCUGGUGACACACAUUUGGGAGGUGAAGAUUUCGACAACAGAUUGGUAGCUCAUUUCGCCAAGGAGUUCCAACGCAAGACCAAGAAGAAUCUAACUAAAAACGCGCGAGCCAUGCGUAGGUUGAGAACGGCGUGCGAGAAGGCUAAACGUACGCUAUCGUCGUCCGCACAGGCCAAUGUUGAGAUCGACUCUCUUUUCGAGGGCGCUGAUUUCUAUACAACCAUCACACGCGCACGUUUCGAGGAGAUGUGUGUAGACUUGUUUAGAGGCACACUGGAACCAGUUGAAAAGGCAUUGCGAGAUGCAAAGUUUGACAAGUCAAGUAUCGAUGAAAUCGUACUGGUUGGCGGUUCCACCCGUAUUCCAAAGAUUCAGAAACUCUUGUCUGAUUACUUCAACGGCAAAGAGCUGAACAAGAGCAUCAACGUGGAUGAGGCCGUAGCCUAUGGAGCGGCUGUCCAAGGAGCCAUUCUGAGAGGCGACACAGACAGCGCCGUCAGCGAUCUGCUACUACUGGACGUGGCACCCCUAUCUAUGGGUAUCGAGACUGCCGGUGGAGUGAUGACUUCCUUAAUCAAGCGCAACACCACCAUCCCCACGAAGCAGACACAGACCUUUUCCACAUACGCUGACAAUCAGCCAGCGGUGUCUAUUCAGGUUUACGAGGGUGAACGAGCCAUGACUAAGGACAACCACAAGCUGGGUGCCUUUGACCUAACCGGUAUUGCCCCUGCUCCCAGAGGAACACCCCAGAUUGAGGUCACCUUUGAUAUCGAUGCCAAUGGUAUCCUCAAUGUGUCUGCCCAAGACAAGGCUUCUGGUAAGUCCGAGAAAAUCACAGUGACAAACGAUGCGGGCCGCCUGAACCAGAUUGAUAUCGAUAAAAUGCUUGCGGAUGCCGAGAAGUAUGCCGCUCAGGAUGAAACGCAGCGACAGAAGGUCACCGCUAAGAACGAUCUAGAAGGAUAUGCGUACCAGGUCAAGAACUCUGUGGAGAAUGAUCUCAAGGGAAAGAUCUCCGACAGCGACCGUGAGAGUGUGAUCAAGAAGGCGGACGAGGUCAUCAGCUGGCUGGAUAAUAAUCAGACAGCUGAGAAGGACGAGUUCGAGCAUCAGAAGAAGGAGUUGGAGGCUGUGGUGAACCCCAUUAUGACUAAUGCAUACAAGCCGGCCGGUGGUGACGGCGCUGGUGGUAUGCCUGGGGGUAUGCCUGGAAACCCCGCUUCUGAGCCUACUGUGGAGGAAGUCGACUAAAUGAACACCAGACUAAAAAUUGUCGUCACUCUUAUUAGUAAAAUUGUAGAAGAAAUAUAAAGUAGUUAAAAAGAAUAUUGAAUCUAAAAUUACGUCUCUGAGUUGCUGUUUGGGUAUUGUUCAUCAUAGUAUCAUAGUAUCAAUCUUUCAUAGAGUUGGUCGUGUAUGAGUAUUCGUCAAUCCAUUCGGUAUUGCAACCAGUUCAGUUCAUCAUAGGAUAAUAUACAAAAAAUUAAAGCAAACACAUGCGAGUUGGGA